UUUCAGGCAAUGAAUGUUGCCAGCACCAAGAGCAAGCAGAGAAGACUUAGAGGAGCUGUUAUAGUAUUAUUGUGUGAAGCAGCUUUCCACUUUUAUGGGUGGAGGGGAUUAUUCAAGCAGAAAUCACCAAGUGUCUUGAAAUAAGAAGACUUUUUUUUCAACAUUUCUUUCCCUAAUUGUUGUGGGCAGGAACUUUGGUGGUGGUUUGAAAAAUGUUACAAAACAGCUAUUCCAUAAUUGAGGGAAGUUUAAAUCAAAAUGGGAUUCAUCUUUUCAAAAUCUAUGAAUGAAAACCUGAAGAGUCAACAGGAGUUCAUGCUCAUGAACUCCCGACUUCAGCUGGAAAGACAGCUACUGAUGCAGAAUCAAAUGCGAGAGAGACAGAUGGCUAUGCAGAUUGCUUGGACAAGGGAAUUCCUCAAAUAUUUUGGAAUAUUUUUUGGACUUGCUGCUGUAGGUCUAACUACUGGAGCAAUAAAAAACAAGAAACCAGGACUGUUCCUUCCAGUGGUUCCCUUAAGCUUUAUACUUGCCUACCAGUAUGAUAUGGGUUAUGGAACACUUUUGCAAAGGAUGAAGGGUGAAGCAGAGAACAUACUUGACACAGAGAACACCUUGCUAGAAAUGCCAAAAGGAGCCCUCACUUUUGAAAGCCUUGAAAAAGCCAGAAGAGCUCAGAGCAAGUUCUUUAUAGAAAAAUAAGAAGACUGUAACCACUCAAUACUUCAAAACACAAAAUUAUUUGUAAUCAUGUUGCUGACUUAAAAUGUCAAAUUAUUAGUUUUGAGAACACAAUCUUUUUAAAAUAAAAUGAAUUUAAUUUAAAAAUA